AUGGACCCUUUUAGGACGCCUGCCUACAAUGCAAUUGCAGAUGCAUAUAUGCACAUUCGAGGUAUAACCCCAUCUUUUCCUCCUGCUCCAGUGAGCGAUGCUACCGCAGUGCUGCAUCCAGCUUCCGAAAUCAGAGAUAAUUGCAUCUUCUUCACAGACGUGGUGACUCUUGUUUUGCUCAUGAGACUCAUCAGGAUCUUCACCGCUCGUAAAGUCAUGAGUCUCGAACACAACGACUUAGGACCCGAUGAAUUGAGGCAAGACACUCAUGGAAUGUAA